AUGCAGUGGCUGAUGAGGUUUCGGGUUGUCUGGGCCAUCCACAAAUCCUGCCACAGUUUCCAGCGUGCCCCUUGGCACCUGCGUUGCCGGUCUUUAUCAGGACCUGGAGCCCCAAAAUGGGAUGAUCACGAUACUCCUGAGGAAUUUAACUUUGCAAACGAUGUGCUGGACUACUGGACUCAAAUGGAGAAGGAGGGCAAGAGAGGUCCGAACCCAGCCCUGUGGUGGGUGAAUGGCAAAGGGGAUGAAGUGAAGUGGAGCUUCACAGAGAUGACAGACCUGACCCGCCAGGUAGCCAACGUCUUCUUGCAGACCUGUGGGCUGCAGCAGGGAGACCGUGUGGCCUUGAUUCUGCCUCGAGUGCCUGAGUGGUGGCUGGUGACUGUAGGCUGCAUCCGAACAGGGAUCGUCUUCAUGCCAGGGACUACCCAGCUGACAGCCAAGGACAUUCUCUACCGACUACAAAAGUCUGAAGCCAAGGGCAUUGUGACCACAGAUACCCUUGCCCCAGAGGUGGACUCUGUGGCUUCUGAGUGCCCCUCUCUGAAAACUAAGCUCCUGGUGUCUGAUUACCGCCGUGAAGGGUGGUUGGACUUCCGGUCACUGGUCAAAUCAGCUUCUCCAGACCACACCUGUAUUAAGUCAAAGACAAUGGACCCAAUGGCCAUCUUCUUCACCAGUGGAACCACAGGCUUCCCCAAGAUGGCAAAACACAACCAGGGACUUGCCUUACGAUCCUGCCUCCCUUCAUGCAGGAAAUUUCUACAGCUGAAGACGUCCGAUAUCCUCUGGUGCCUGUCGGACCCAGGCUGGAUUAUGGCUAUCAUGGGGGCCCUGCUUGAACCAUGGACAGCAGGGGCUACUGUUUUCACCUAUGAUCUGCCCCAGUUCGACCCCAAGGUCAUUGUACAGACGUUCCUCAAAUACCCCAUCACCCAAUGCCUUGGUGCACCAACAAUUUAUCGAAAGAUUUUGCAGCAGAAUUUCACCAGUCUCAGGUUCCCAGCCCUGGAGCACUGCUCUACUGGUGGAGAGGCUCUGCUGCCGGAGGAGCUGGAGAAGUGGAAACAACUGACAGGCAUUCUGCUCCACGAGGCCUACGGACAGUCAGAAACGGGAAUACUAUGCGCUAUUUCCAGGGGAAUGAAGAUCAAGCCGGGUUCCUUCGGGAAGGCUAUCUUACCCUAUGACGUCCAGAUCAUUGACGACAAGGGCAACAUCCUGCCUCCCAACACCGAAGGAAACAUUGGCAUCAGGAUCAAGCCCAUCAGACCCAUGGGCCUCUUCAUGUGCUAUGAGAAUGACCCAGAAAAGACAGCCCAAGUGGAGUGUGGGGACUUUUACAACACUGGGGACAGAGCAACUGUUGAUGAAGAGGGCUACUUCUGGUUCCUGGGGAGAAAUGAUGAUAUCAUCAAUGCUUCUGGGUACCGAAUCGGUCCAGCUGAGGUGGAGAAUGCCCUGGCGGAGCACCCAGCGGUGACUGAGUCAGCCGUGGUGAGCAGUCCCGAUCCCAUUCGAGGGGAGAUGGUGAAGGCGUUUAUCGUCCUGGCCCCAGAGUUCUUGUCCCAUGACCGGGACCAGCUCACCAAGGAGCUACAGCAGCACGUGAAGGGAGUGACAGCCCCAUACAAGUACCCAAGGAAGGUGGAGUUUGUCCCAGAGCUGCCCAAAACCAUCACUGGCAAGAUCAAACGGCAUGAACUUCGGAAAAAGGAGUUUGGGCAGAUGUAA